AUGUCUGCCGCAAAUCGCUCCACUGAUUGGCGUCGUAAACAAGCAAGAAAAGUCAGAAGCGAUAUCGGUAUAGAGCGUCACGACUGUUUACCUCAACUUUGUUCUCGACUUUCAGCUUCGGUGUUUAGCCAAAUGAUCACACGCCAGGCGCACGAUGUUGCUGAACCUGUCAUUGGCGAAACAGCUGGCUUGAAUACUGACUGUCAUUCUGACAACGACAUCUUCAUUGAUGGUGAUGAUCAAGAGAUGUUAUCGCCUACUGAUUCUAAUUCGGAGCAGGAAAAAAACGAUUUUGAACAAAUACCGCAGUUUGAACCUAUUGCGAUAGGUGAGAGCAACUCUGACGUGAAGAUAGAUUGUGUUCAAAUUGCGGUGGCAUUGAUAGCUUUGAAAUCAAGACAUCGUCUCUCUAACAAGUGUAUCGACGAUAUUCUCUCUCUUCUCGGCCUCCUCGGUAUUGACGUUCCAUCAAGUUACAAAGCAUUAUGCACAGUUCUGAGAAAGCGUUCGAGCACUCACUUGAAUCCUUCGAAAUAUACUAUAUGUCCUCAUUGCGAUAAUUUAUCGUCGGCUCUAUAUGAAUGCACAACGUGCGGUGUUAAAUAUGCACCAAUUUUGCCAUCGAAAAUUCCUCUAUUCUAUACUUAUAGUAUUUCUCAACAGCUAAAAGCGAUUCUUGCUACAUCUCCAGACUUGUCACUUGUCAAUAACAAUUGUCCAAGAAAUGAAUUCAUGAGAGAUAUUACGGAUGGUAGUGUUUAUCAAGCUUUAAAGAAGACCCAGACUGGAUUACUUUUAACUCUAACCAUGAAUAUCGAUGGGGUACAACCGAACAAAGGAUCGGAUCAAAGUCUUUGGCCGAUUUUGCUCGUUAUCAAUGAAAUAAAGCGAAAAAAGCGAUUUGCUCUAGAGAAUUUAAUUAUUGCGGGCAUGUGGCCAGGCCCAUCGAAGCCGUCACGUACUCAAAUACAUCUGCUUUUCAAGAAUAUUAUGUUGGAAUUACAAGAACUUGAGCGAGGUGGUCUCUUUCAGUUUUAUUCGUCUGAUCAUGAAAAUCGUUUUGAACUCACAAAAAUAUUUUUAAUUGGAGCCUGCUGCGAUAAGCCUGCCCAGUCGAUCGUACAAUGUCUACCUGAGCCUACAGCAUUCUUUGGUUGUGGACAUUGUGAACUUAUGGGCGUCAGUGUAUCAACAAAUAAUAAUGGGUCAGUUGUGAGUUUUGCGAUUUAUGAAACAGAUCCACCUACAAAUGAACGCACAAAUGAAAGACACGAUCUACUCAUUAAACAGUUGCACAGAAAUGCAAUUGAGCUGACUGCCAGUACUUAUCGUGGCAGGCGUGAUCUAACAGAUAAACACAAACAAUCAGAAAAAGGUGUCAAAGGGCCAUGUGUACUACGAUCAUUGUCCAAUUUCGACGUUGGUUCUUCUUUUCUGGUGGAUAGUUUGCAUAACGUCUACUUGGGCCUGUUUAAACGAAUACUUUCACUUUGGCUCAGCCCUGAAUACAAGGGCGAGUGUUGGUCGAUCUGGAUACGAAGAAACGAAUUAUCAAUUCUAUUGAAUCGAAUUCGCUUUCCAUCUACAACUACACGUCAUCCGCGUUCACUGGACAAGUAUACCAAGUAUAAAGGCAGCGAGAUUCGACUUGUUUUGCUAUUUGGCUACGCAAUCUUCGAGAAUAUCCUUAAACCUGAAUACUAUUCACAUCUACUUCUACUUGUAUUGAUUAUCCAUUAUGUAAGUUUACUUGUGUAG